UGCGGGCACUAAAGGGUUAACGUGGGCCGGCGUGACACGAUGACACGUAGGGUGACGUCACGCGGGAGGAGGCGGGGCUCAGCUCCCAGGAGUCCCCGCGGCGGGGGGUGCGCGGCGCGGUGCGGUGCAGACCGGGGGGGGCGGGGCUGCGUCCCCUCCUCAUGCGGGGGGGCGCAUGCCGCGUGCUUGCCCGCAGGCCGGGCGCGGUGACGCGCGGGUGUGGCCCCCAGGUGCCGGUGCGGGGCUCGGGGGGCCCUCCGACAAGACGCGGCCCCGGGGGUGACCCCCGGCCUGGGCAGCGGCGGGGAGCGAUGGGAACGCCGCCGGGGCCUGGGGGCCGGCCCCCUCACGCCCCCCGCCAGCAACCAGGUGCUGGGACCCUGCAGAGAGCUGAGCAGCAGCCUGCUGAGGAGGGGCCGGUGAUCCUGGAGCUGCAGAGGACGUGUGCAGGGAGCCUGGAGGAGAGGAGCUCCCUGACCCCUGAGCCAGGCCAAGUGCAGAAGGGGCAGGGCAGGCCUCCAAAGCAGGAGGAGAGCUUGGAGCUCCGGGAGGUGUUCGAGGACGUGGCUGUGUAUUUCACACGGAAGGAGUGGGAGCUGCUGGACGAUGAAGACAAGGUGCUUUACCAGGAGCAGAUGCUGAAGAAUUACCAAGCCCUCGUUUCCCUGGGAUAUCAAGGUCCCACACCUGACUUAAUCUGCAGCAUUCAGCGAGGACAUUUGAAGCUCUGGGUCUGUGAUGAUGAGGACAUUGGGGAAAUCUCAAGAUCAGAGGGCCUUCUGCCAGGAGGUGCCAGGCUGCUGAGCAGAGCUGAAGAGGAGCCUUCUGUGCAAGGGUCUGCAGACCUGGAGCCAGCGCAGACUUCCCCAGUGAGUUUGAGUGAGAUGAACUCCCUGGGACCUGAGAAGGAGCCAUGGCACGAGAGUCAUGGGAGGCCGCAAAAGCAGAAGGAGAAUGUAGCCAUGAGCCAGGACCGGUGCAUCCCCCUAGGGAGGAAGACACACCACUGCACUGAGUGCAGGAAGAACUUCAGCUGCUUGCAAGACCUGUCCCAGCAUGAGUGUCUGCAGCACCGCUGCACCAAGUGUGGGAAGAGAUUCAGGCAGCUCUCCAAACUGGCAAGGCACUGCUGCAUUCACACAAGAGAGAAGCUACAUCAGUGUUCAGAGUGUGAGAAGAGCUUCACUUACCCCUCCCAGCUGGCUCUGCACAAGCGUAUCCACACGGGGGAAAAGCCAUAUCAGUGCUCAGAGUGUGGGAAGAGCUUCAGUUACUCCUUCAGACUGGCUGCGCACAAGCAUGUCCACACGGGGGAGAAGCCACAUCAGUGCUCAGAGUGUGGGAAGAGCUUCACUUACCCCUCCCGGCUGGCUGUGCACCAGUGUAUCCACACGGGGGAGAAGCCACAUCAGUGCUCAGAGUGUGGGAAGAGCUUCAGUUACUCCUCCGACCAGGCUCGGCACCAGCGUAUCCACACAGGGGAAAAGCCAUAUCAGUGCUCAGAGUGUGGGAAGAGCUUCAGUUACUCCUUCAGGCUGGCUGCGCACAAGCAUGUCCACACUGGGGAGAAGCCGCAUCAGUGCUCAGAGUGUUGGAAGAGCUUCAGUUACUCCUCCAGGCUGGCUGUGCAGAAGCAUGUCCACACGGGGGAGAAGCCACAUCAGUGCUCAGAGUGUGGGAAGAGCUUCACUCGGUCCUCCCACCUGGCUCGGCACCAGCGUAUCCACACAGGGGAGAAGCCACAUCAGUGCUCAGAGUGUGGGAAGAGCUUCACUCGGUCCUCCCACCUGGCUUUUCACCAACAUAUCCACACGGGGGAGAAGCCAUAUCAGUGCUCAGAGUGUGGGAAGAGCUUCACUCAGCCCUCCAUCCUGGCUAUGCACCAGCGUAUCCACACGGGGGAGAAGCCACAUAAGUGCUCAGAGUGUGGGAAGAGCUUCACUCGGUCCUCCAGCCUGUCUCAGCACCAGCGUAUUCACACGGGGGAGAAGCCACAUCAGUGCUCAGAGUGUGGUAAGAGCUUCACUUACUCUUCCAAACUGUCUGAGCACUGGCGUAUUCACACGGGGGAGAAGCCACAUCAGUGCUCGGAGUGUGGGAAGAGCUUCACUUACUCCCACCAGCUGGCUCUGCACCAGCGUAUCCACACUGGGGAGAAGCCACAUCAAUGCUCAGAGUGUGGGAAGAGCUUCACUUACUCCCGCCAGCUGGCUCUGCACCACCGUGUCCACACUGGGGAGAAGCCACAUCAGUGCUCAGAGUGUGGGAAGAGCUUCAGUUACUCCUGCUACCUGGCUCGGCACCAGCGUAUCCACACAGGAGAGAAGCCACAUUAGCGCUCAGAGUGUCGGAAGAGCUUCCCUCAGUCAUCAGGCCUGGAUUAGCACCAUUGUAUCCACACAGUAGAAGUUACAUCAGUGCUCAGAGUUUGGGAAGAACUUCACUCAGUGCCCUUACCUGAUCAAACACAGCCUCAUCCACACGGGGAAGAAACCAUAUUGGUGCUCGAAGUGUGGGAAAAGCUUCAACCUGUCCUAUACCCUGGCCCAGCCACAGAUUACCAACACGGGUUUGCAGUCAUAUCCGUGCUCAUAGUGUGGGAAGAGCUUCACUCACUCCUCCAGCUGGGCUCUGCACCAACUUAUUCAAUUGAGGGCGAAGCCAUAAUAGUGCUCAGUGUGGGAAGAGCUUCAUCUAAUCCUCCAGCUGUCCUGGCACCAGCGUAUCCACACAGAGGAGAAACCACAUCCGUGCUCAAAGAGCAGGAAAUGCUUCUUCCAAUCCUCCAAACUGGCCCAGCACCAGUGUAUCCCUCUCCGGGAGUGUCCAUAAUUCUGUCAGCAAUACAGAAAGGGUUUGGGGAUGUAUACCUGCUGAGCACCCACCAGUGUCUGCAUCCAGGGAAGCAGUGUCAUGCCAGGGGACUGCAGCAACAGUUCACGCUUUGUUCAGCCUUUUUAGGGCGCUUCAAAACCCAAAGGACACAGAGGCCAGCCUCCCAGGUUUGAUAUGGGUGAGGGGUUAAAAGGAAAUGCCUCAGUCAGAUGCCCACACUGUUACCUCUCAGCUCUGUGUUCUUGGGGAACCCUGGCACAGGACACAGUCUGUCUGAUUCACAAAGAAUUCCCGCCCCCCCCGCCCCAACGAAACUGAUUAAGGUGCAGUGAGAGACACGCCUAAGACCCUCCAGAUAAGGGUGACAGGAGUGAGACAACUGCCCUAGGUCUCAUAUGCAUCCGAGAUGGAACCAGAUGACUAUUCAUUUGUCAGAACCCAUUAGUAGUUGUAUGCCUAUGGCACAGUGGAACCUCCCGCCAUAGUGAAAAAAUCCCGCUGUCAAUCAUUCUGCUGUCAAUCAUUCUGAAUUCUAUGGCACAGUGAAAAUUUCGCUGGUGGCAGUAACUAGGUCACGGUGGAAAAUUCGGCUGUGUCAGAACCCAAUAACUAUAUGCCACAGUAAUGGAAAAUUAGUUUAGAAAAAGUUCCUGCCAACUUUAUGCAAACACGCAUAUCACCAUUGGCCGGUUCCAAAUUAUUCAUAUUUGGCGACUAGCAAUUGGCUUGCUAGCCAUAUAAAAGUUAAAGCAGUUUCCGCCCACGUUGGAGAAUUCAGAGAACUCAGAAAGCUCCGCACAUUUUUCGGAGUUUGGAGAACUCUGAGAACUCUGCGCAUUUCUCGGAGUAAACCUGGCGGACUGAUCACCCACCAGCGACUCCCUGUCACCGACCUACCCGACAUACCCCCGCGUCUUGCAUGCUUGUUCAGUUGUUCACGGACGUCUCAUCACGUUCUCAGAAAGCUUUCAUCUCGUUCGUUUGCAACUGUAAUCUAAGUCAGUUCUUCCUACGCUGUAUACAUCGACAGCUUAAGUAAAUAAUCUCUUUCUCCAAA